UCUUUCGUGAGAGUUCGAUCGAUCGAUCAGAGUGACUGUGUAGUCUCCAGCGACUGUCUGAGAAUUGAGAGAUGGCCGACCAUUUCUUCCACAAUGAAAUGCCGGAUUUCGUUCCAGAAUCGACGGAGGAGACAACCGUCGAAGGUGUCGAGGAUUCUCUUUUAAAGCUUCUCUCUCUCCCUUACCCAAUUCUCGCUGAGAGAUUUAAGCGAGCGGCUUUGGAUCUCAAAGAAACGAUAGUUUUGGAGACAUGGGGGCUUAGGGGAAGAAGGGUUAAGGACUUCUCACUGUAUACGGGCGCUCUUGGGACUGCUUUCUUGCUCCUUCAAUCCUUCCAAGUAACUAACAACCGGGACGACCUCAACCUCUGCUCUGAUAUUGUUAGGGCUUGUGACUCCGCUUCUCGUGGUUCUGGUGUUGUGACAUUUAUAUGUGGGCGAGCCGGUGUGUGCGCUCUCGGUGCAGUUGCAGCGAAGCAGGCGGGCGAUGAACGAUUGCUUGAUUACUAUAUAAAUCAGUUUAAGCAGAUUAAGCUUCCUAAAGAUGUCCCGGACGAGUUGUUGUAUGGGAGAGCUGGGUUCUUAUGGGCUUGUUCGUUCUUGAACAAACACAUUGGUGAAGGGACGAUUCCUCCCAGCUACACUGGUGUAGUGGUGAAUGAGAUUAUCAAGAGUGGAAGAACAUUAUCCAAGAAUGGUAGCUCGCCUUUGAUGUAUGAAUGGCAUGGCAAGAAGUACUGGGGUGCUGCCCAUGGAUUGGCUGGGAUUAUGCAUGUUUUGAUGCACAUGCAACUGAAACCAGAUGAAGAGGAGGAUGUUAGGGGUACUCUUUGCUACAUGAUUAAGAAUCGCUAUCCAAGCGGGAAUUACCCCUCGAGUGAGGGUAGUGAUUCAGAUCGUCUUGUGCAUUGGUGCCACGGUGCCCCUGGGGUCAUCCUCACCCUUGCUAAAGCUGCUGAGGUUUUCGGAGGUGAGGAGUUUCUAAGAGCUGCUGGCGAUGGUGGAGAAGUGGUUUGGAACAGAGGUUUGCUUAAGCGGGUUGGGAUUUGCCAUGGUGUGAGUGGGAAUGCAUACACAUUCCUUGCGCUCUACCGAUUGACGGGCAAUGUGGAGUUUCUGUACAGGGCUAAAGCCUUUGCAUGCUUUCUACUAGACAGGGCUCAGAAGCUUAUAUCGGAGGGGAAGAUGCAUGGAGGUGAUCGCCCCUACUCACUGUUCGAAGGGAUUGGAGGUAUGGCCUAUCUCUUUUUGGACAUGAUAGAACCCUCUAAGGCCAGGUUCCCAGCUUAUGAGCUCUGAAAAGCCUCCUAUCUUUCGAGAAACAGGAAUUACAAGUUUGAGAAUCUCUUCGUGGAACUUACUUAAUAGGUGUAAACUAAUACCAAAGUUUUGUAGAUUGAUGCUGCUGGUAGGUGUCAUGGGUCUAAAAGUCUAUAUCUCUUUCAUUUUUUUUUGGGUCUUGGUGUGGUGUAAAACUAAUACUGGAUAUCUCUCUCUUACCCACUAUCAAUAAAAAUGAUAAUCCUCAGAAGUUCCUCUGUUCACUGCUCUUCGAAA